ACUACAAUCUUGUGUCAAAUCCUCUUUGUUCGUGAAUCCUGUCGUAGCUACCUUGGUCCUUCAAUUAACUCCGCUUCUUCCCAACUAUUCUUCUGUCCUCCUUCCCAUAUUCCUUCCUUCCAAAAUGUUCCAUCAUACUCCCAAAAUCUCUACCUUUCUAAUACCCUUCCUACUUAUAUUCACUACUACUUACCUAUAUCCUCCUUCUAUCUUCUUUCUACCCUCCAUACUUCUCUUUCUCUAUUUCUCCUGUCCUGCCGGUACUCACAAGCCACACGUCUCGUUCUGUCCGGUGUCUCCACUCUGGCCACCUCUGUGGAACAUUCGCUCUGCUGACGCAGAAAUUCCCACCGGCCGGAAGUCCUGCAACCACUCCUCGCUGCUGCUUUCCCAACAGAGCACCCCUAAAAUUUUCUAA